CCAUUUUUUCUGUGGCAUGUAUGUUAGAAAUCGUGUAGUAUACCCUUUACAUGUAUUGUCUAUCAAUAUAAACAGGCAACACUUAUGUUUCUUCUUUAUGAUACCGCUCUAUAAAAACCUAUCCGGUUUGUCUUUGAUCUCCUCUCUGUUCGAUAUAUGGCUCUCCAUGAAGUCACUCCCAAUUAUACAUUUUAUUAUAUUUAAAUAUGUGACAUUUUAAUCAAUGUACAUCGUGCUUUGACGAAUACGAAAUGUAGUGUAAUUUGUGGUAAAUUAAAACUACUAUUUUGUUGAGCAAGGAUAUGAUUUUAUUUCCGACGACAUAAACCACAAUCCUUCGUGGCACUCUUACGCCGAGCCCUGCGCCUGCAUCCUGCACAUCAGAUUAUGCGCCCAGAUGCUUGUGCCGCGAGGAAACUGGAAAUCAAAACCUAAGAAAGGUAUGUCGGAAACAUUGAUAUUCUGAGGUUAUAAUCGCAUCGCCCUCGUGAUAUUAUAACCUACUAAUUCUUCGCUUGCUCAACCACUAUCACAAUUUCGUUGUCAAGAAUGUCGUCACAUAAUGAACAUAACGGACAUAUUCCCGUCGAGAAGCUGGAUGGCUUGGGAAAUUAUUCAAAUUGGAAAUUUGCCGUGAAAAUGUUACUUACGCUGGAUGGUCUAUGGGGCUGCGUGGAAGGUACGGAUACCGAUGCGACCCGCGAGAGCCGCGCCUUAGCUAAGAUAUGUUUAACGAUUAAGCCCGCGUUGUACCAGUACGUGCGAGAUGCCACGUCGGCAAAGGACGCCUGGAAGAAGCUUGCCGAUGCCUUCGAGUCCAAAGGUCUAUACAGAAAAGUGCUCUUGUUACGUCAACUGCAUAAAAUUGAAUAUAAUCAGUACAGCGGUAUGUCGGAAUAUAUCGAGGCGGUCAUGCGUCUCGUUCAACAGCUCGACGAUAUAGGCAAGAAAAUAGACGACGAUGAGGUAGCGGAAAUCCUGUUGAGUGGUUUAUCGCAGGAAUUUGACAACCUGGUGUCGGGUCUGGAAACCGCCUGUCUUACGAGCACACUCACGGUGGAGCUUGUGCGGGCCAGAUUGCUGCAAGAAGAACACCGGAGAAGUGCGGGUGACCAGGAGGGUGUGAAGGCCUACCUAGGAAGCAAAAAGAAGAAGUCAUCGCCUAUGUUCUGCCAGUUCUGCAAGAAGAGCGGACACACUAUCAAGCGUUGCUUUAAACGCAAGAAGGAGCUGAAGAACAAUGAAGAGAACCACACUAUGUUUGCAUCAGCCAUGGUAUGCAGCGGCAGCAGCAGCCAUGACUUUGUGGUGGACUCCGGCGCAUCCCAACAUAUGAUUGCUAAUAAGGAGUUACUAGAAGAACCUAGAGAAAGAAGACACCAUCAGUGGUAGAUGCGAGCCAUGCCUGACAGGCAAGAUGGUGCGAACACCAUAUCCUGCUGUCAGCAUGAAGCGCA